AUGGGAGGAAGCUCACCUUGUGCUUCCUGCAAAUUGUUGCGGCGUCGCUGCGCCAAAGACUGCAUUUUUGCACCCUAUUUUCCUCCUGAUGAUCCUCAUAAGUUUGCCAUUGUCCACAAGGUUUUCGGCGCUAGCAACGUCAGCAAGAUGUUGCAGGAGCUUCCUGUUCAGCAGCGAGCAGAUGCAGUAGGCAGUCUAGUAUAUGAAGCAAAUGCAAGAAUGAGAGACCCAGUCUACGGAUGCGUAGGUGCUAUCUCCUAUCUGCAGAAUCAAGUUUCCCAGUUACAAAUGCAGUUAGCAGUGGCUCAAGCAGAGAUACUGUGUAUCCAGAUGCAGCAACAGGAGCCUGCAACCUUGCCCACUCAACUGGACGUCCCAGAUGAGAAGUCGCUUCUCUUAUCCACUAGCACCUUCAAUAACCUACAACCGUACCUCAGCUUUGCUUCUUCUAGCACUGUAAUGCAAGACCCUCUUAAGAGGGAGUCUCUUUGGACAUAA